UUGGCACUGUUUGAGGAUUACACCAUUAUCUGGUAAAGGCUAGCCUUUUACUACCGGUUCGCAUAGACACCAAUGGCCACUUCCAUAAACACCGACGGCGUGAUGAAUAUGUUGCAAUUCAUGAAACUUAUUGGACAACUAAAACGCGUGCCACGUACGGGAUGGGUAUACCGGAACGUGAAACAGCCUGAGAGUGUAUCUGAUCACAUGUACAGAAUGUCUAUUAUGGCUUUGACGAUACCUGAUAACAACGUUAACAAAGAAAGAUGCAUGAAGUUGGCCCUGGUUCAUGACAUGGCAGAAUGCAUCGUUGGUGAUAUUGCACCAUCAGACAACAUUAGUAAGGCAGAGAAACACAGACGUGAAGAGGAAGCAAUGCAACAACUCACUGGUCUUCUCCAGGAGGGCUCAAGGAAAGAGAUCUAUGAACUCUGGGAGGAGUAUGAGAAUCAGACGAGUGCUGAGGCUAAGCUGGUGAAAGAGUUUGACCUACUGGAGAUGAUUCUGCAGGCACAUGAGUAUGAAGAACUGGAGGGCACUCCAGGAAGACUACAGGAGUUCUUCAACUCCACGCAAGGCAGAUUCCAGCACCCAGGGGUAAUCCAGUUUGUGAAGAGUCUGAAUGAACAGAGAGCUGUUCACAUGGCUGUUGGCAAUGGUUCGUCAGGGUGCUCAGAGACCAAGGAGCCCGACAACUAACUCCUCGUGACUGCGUGUAGCAACAUGUCCUCCGAAGGAUGCUGCACGGAGCGGUGUCCGUGAUGCUGUGCUUGUAGCCACUGUUCCUACUGCUUCUCACAGGACAUUAUGUUGUCAUGGAAACCUGAUUCUGGUUGGUGAGUUGUGGAAUAAUGAAGCAGAUGGGAUGGGCUAUCCCAAAGUGGUCAUUACAACAUAGGAGAUGGACAGUAUGUUGAGUCAGUGGAUCUUCAUGAGAGUUUGGGGGUAUAUGCUGUUCCAUUUUGUGUCCCUGAUGUGUAUCAGAAGAUGGACAUUUGAAUUGUAUGUUUUUUUUCUGUAAGUCAUCCUAAGCAGUGAGUGCAUCAUUAAAACUAGAUUUCUUGGAACAAAAUUCUCACUUAUUCUAAUCAUUAGAAACUCCAAAUACCUCAAAUUACAUUUACUGUGCAAAGGCAGUGUAAAUACUCCAGUCCUCAAUCUAAGUGCUUGUCAAUAAAAGUGCAUUUCAAAAUGUUG